AUGAAUGUCACCCUUUACUCUGAGUUCAUCAUUGUGGGAGUGCCUGUGCUACAGGAGCACUACAUUCCUCUAUUCAUCAUCUUCCUCAUCAUCUUCCUGGCCACUUUCUUGGGUAAUCUACUCGUUGUGGUGUUAGUGGGCCUGGAUCACUUGCUCCACACACCCAUGUACUUCUUCCUCUGGAACUUGGCUGUCAUAGAUGUUCUAUUGACUGUUACUAUUAUACCUAAAUUGUUAGUAGUGCUCUCUGGUCAUGAAAGGACUAUAUCCUUCGCAAGCUGUUUUGCACAGAUGUACUGUUUUAUCUCAUUUGCAGCUGUUGAAGUAUUCCUUGUCGCAGUCAUGGCUUAUGAUCGCUAUGUUCCUAUAGUGAAACCUCUACAUUACAACACCAUCAUGAGCAGUAAAGUCUGUUUUACAAUGACAGUUUGGGUGCUUGGCUUCCUCAUUCCCUUAACAUCUGUAGUACUGGCAAGCACUUUACUGUUUUGUAGCUCAAACCUCAUCCUGCACAUCCUGCACAUGACCCCACUAAUUGUAUGGUCAGUGAUAAAGAUGAAAACUGUGGAGAGCCAUAAGAAGGCCUUCUCAAUGUGCUCUUCACACAUGGCUGUGGUCUUUCUGUGCUAUGCUUCUGGUACUCUGGUGUAUGUUGGAUUAAGAGUGAAAAGUAUCCCUCCUGAUGGGCACAUCGUCAUUGGCACUGCGGCACAGCAGUGUGUGUGGUUCACUGGCUAA